CUGUGCCCGCGUACGCUAGUUUGACUAGAACAUCGACAUGCCUCUCUCAGAGCUUCCCAUCGAGCUACAUGAACAUGUCCUGGACCACCUCCACGACGACCCUCUCUCCCUCAGAGCGUGCAGCCUGACGCACACCGCUUGGCUCCCGAUAGCACGCUUACACCUCUUCUGGACAGUCAGGCUCGACACCGCGCGGGAUUGCUUGCGGUUCCUCAUCACCCUCGACACGACCUCGGAGUCGGAUGGCGUCGGCGUUGGCUCCCUCGUCCGGGUGCUAACCCUCCCAGCAAAGAUGGGUUUCACGCAACUUUGGCGUAGGACGCAGGCCAGGCGGGCGAGACUACGUCUUGACCUGCUAUGCCAGCUCCUGCGCCGUGUCCCUAACCUCGAGAUCCUGAACAUGACCAACUUUGAAUGGGACUGCUUCGCAGACCUCAUUUGUCCGCAGGGCGCUGGCGUUGAUCUGCACGACGCCGUCAAUACUGUCUUUGCCUUCCCACAGCUGAAGGUGCUGUUGCUGAGAUGCAUCAUCGGACGUUCCAUCAAGGAAAUCAUCCAGACCAUCGCUGCGUUCCCGUCCGUAACGACCCUGGAGCUCUCCGGAAUUUCCUGUAUUGAAUGUGACCGCCGUCCCCACCACGAACCCUUAGACAUCGCCUACGAUCAGGCCAUGCGUAUACGCAUCCGGGAACUCAUCGUGGGCCCACCAGACUGCGGCGAGCAUUCGAUGAUGCGUGUAUUGCACGCAUUGUUCAAUCUGCCUCACGGACUGCAGCUGCGGCAGCUGAGAUGGCGCCUCAGUCGCCUAGUCGAUGACCAAGAAUUGUUGGACAAGAUGUUCCAUGGAUCCGCGCGCACUCUGGAGGUGCUUGAAGUUGAUUCUCUUUAUGUCGAAUGGUUAUCGGCAGAGGAUCUCUCCCGUUACCGAGCACUGACUGCAAUCAUCCUGUCAGAGCACACCGUUCAUAUACCAGCAAGGUGGGCUUCUGCCCUGGAGGUCAUCUCAAGCCUUGCACAGAAACGUCUGCGGCAUGUGGAGCUCGAGUCUACCCGUCAACAUCGUAGCCGUGUCCUGUCCGAUCGGGAUCUGCGGAGCCUCACACCUCGCCUGAUAGACUUACACGAACGGUGCCCGACUGUAUCAGUCACGUUAGGUCGAUACGUUCAGGCUGGGCUGAACUGGCGGCAGACCUUGAAGGCCAGCCAUACAGAAAUAUUGCGCAACGUGCUCGAAGCAGGGAUGCGCAUCGCUGUGGUCUACACAGAACUCGCAGUAGGUGGUAACCAACUGCCAUGGAUCUUCCGUCGUGGUUUUCAUGAUCCUUUCCGAGUAGUCCGCUCUGGAUAUUUCACGUUAUCAGCAUAGCGCUCCAUGGUGUCGAUCGUACACCAGUCAUGUCCUCCCGCUCGUACGCUUCGUC